CAGAGAGCCCCUUUUUCAGCUAAAGCAGCUAGUGGUUGAAUGUGACCGCCCCUUUUGGGCUGCCUGAGCCUCCCAGUGUCCAGUUACUGGGGCCCCGUGAGCAGUGGGGAAGACUGGAAAGGAGAAAUGGUACCCAUCCUGCACUGUCUGCUUCUGCUCUGGCUGGGAUGGUGGGGUUCAGCCGGCAGAGCACAGGAGAACACAACGAACAUUGUAGAAGCCACAGAAUCUCACACAGUGUUCCUGCCGUGCCCUUUUCAACGUACACUGACUUCCAGUUCUCUGACCUGGAUCAGUCCAUCCGGGGACUACCUGCUUUCUGUCUAUGCUAAGUACCAUAACUCCAAAGCCCAUCUGGGUGAUGCAUGGAGCUUGCUCUAUGACACGUCUGAAGAUAAUAACACGUUGUUUAACUGUACGUGGGAUGAAGUUUCAGUGACAAAGUACAAACUUUCAAAUGGAACUGAUUCUUCACUACCUGGGUUGUCGUCUAAGAACUUCUGGACCUCAGUUUUGGAAGCCUUGAAGCUUGUCUUGUUAUAUCAAGAUGAACACCUUGAAGAGCAUAAAUACUUUGACAAUGACACAGAUGGUCACCGGAAAGAAUUUGCUCAGCCAGAAAUGGAUCUGAAAUCAUUCCCCUGUAAUGCCUCAACACCCAGCAACUGGACAAAGGGCUCCUUGCUCUGGAUUGAGCAUGAUUCAAUGUCUGAAAUAGAGAGAGUGCUGAUAAAUGUAACAAUACAGCGCUCUUCUCGUUCCUGGCUAAGCAUGAGAUCCAAUGUCAUCUUUUUAAUCCUUCCAUCAGUAACCUCUAAUGAUUCUGGAACCUACACUUGCCAAUGGAAGAAUCACAGGCACCGUUUUCAGCUAGAGGUGAAGGCAAAGAGCAACUGGAAACUUCUUGGAGAUCAGCUUUGGAUAAUAUGGAUAGUGGCUCUAGGCUGUGCCGUUGUCUGUGUCAGUUCUGUUUUCUGCUUCCUAUGGCUCCAACGUGCUGCUCGUGCUCGUAAGCAACAGAUGAAAAAGAAGUCUCCUGGUGGGAGGUAUUUUUAUGCCAAGCGGAAAAAGGGACACAUCUCCAAUGGGAUUCUAAUGCACCCAGGAAAUCAAUAUGCCACAGAUGAUUUCUCGUAUGAGAAUGUAGUACAAGACACGGGUCCGAGGAGUGGCCGGCAGCUACUUCAGAAAGGGAAGAUCCUGCCCAAUAACGUCAACAUGGAAGAUGAAGAAGAGUAUGAACAUCCAGACAGUGAAACAGAACUCAAAUCGGAUGAUGAUGACAACUAUGAGAAUACCCAGGAAGAAAUGAAAGAGGGAGACAUCAUUUUGAAUGACAAAUUUCUCUAUGAAAACAGCACAAAAAAGACAGAAGAUGGCUCAUACAACAGGAGCUCAGAUAUUGCUGACCAACUGUAUGAAAACAAUAUCCAGCAGGCUCCUAAGAUUCUGACUCAAGAUCCACUUGAUGAAGAUGGUCAAAAUUAUGAGAACUUGGAAAAGGAGGCAUCUUUCAGUCCUGGUGCAGCACGGCUGAUAGCAGGUUUGCGCCUGCAGCUGGCUCUGGAUCCUCAUGUGGACAAGCAGGAUGGAGACAGUGAGGCCUCUACAGGCUCCCAGUCCUAUGAAGAGAUGAAUGGGUCCUUGUCCCCCAGUGCAAUCAAGACCCAUCUGCAACCCAACACAAGCAAUGAGGAGGAUGCUGAUUCCUAUGAAAAUAUGGAAAGCCCAAACAAUUUAAUUACACGGAAAGAAGGCAACUUGGAUCCAUAUGGAGAAAAUGGAGUCUUCAGUUCCACCCAGCAAAAUCUUUCCAUUCCUCUUGGCACUGAUCUUAACGGGGAUUUGCUGUGCUCAGACUAGAACUAGCCAAAGAGGCAUGGGGCAGGCUCUGGAGCUUGGCCCUUUGCAAUUCCUUUUCUCUCAGGUCAAGAUGAUUCUACCAAGAAUUUCGGGAUGUUGCACUCUGUUGCUAGAUUUGUAAGUCUAGGCACAGGAGUAUGUAGAGUGCUUCUAAAAGGCUGUAAGAAAGGCCUGGGAAAUAAGACUCCUUGGGUAGACCUUUGGCAAUGACAGCUGGAAGAAGUCCAAACAUCUGGAUUGAAAGCUGAAAACAGCUGAGAGUAGGCAAACUAUUUUUUUUAAAGGAGAUUGAUAGAAGAUAUUAUUUUAUAUGUAUAUUGUCCCACAAUCACUUCUGGCCAAAGAUAAUUUUUAAAAUAAUAAUAAUGUUUACAGGUUCAUGUAGGUAAACAAAAGCUCAAGUGGUAAACAUGCUAUUGAUCCAUAUCCACACCCCUUUGUUCCAAUGUUUAAUUGUCCUCAGAGAAUCUAGCUUAUGAACAAUCGCUUUUAAUUAUUCCCAGAAGCAAAUGGUGCAGAGUAGAGACUGGUUGGACCCUGUGGCAAUUAUAAAGUUACUUUCCCCCAGAGCAACCAGCUUCUGUUGUAACUGUAAUUGAUUGGUGCCUGUGACAUUCACAAAACCAUACUGCCCUAGCCUUGGCCUGGUGCAGUAUUUCAAAUAAAAAAGACUUGUUACAAUAGGUGCUAGAUUUAAAUAAACUUGAUGGCUGUGUGGAUUUUCUCUCAUUAAUUCGAUGUAUAAUCCAUGGAGUUAGCAGUGAA